GUUGUUGUUUUGAUUUUUGUAUAACCUAUAAACCGCUAUUUUCGGUACAUAGAUUCUCUAUUUCCAAAGUGAACUGCUUAGAUUUAACAAGGCUAUCUAAAGAUUUUAGUUAAUAUGGAAGGGGCAUUUAAAGAGAAAUAUUCAUUUAUUGGUGAAUGGUACGAUAAUCAAGCUAGUUUGAUACGACGAUUUAAUGUAUUCUACUACCCAACAGACGAUACAUUAGAAAUGUUUGAUUUAAAAAAUCGAAAGACAUUUGUACGACGAGUUAAAGUGAAUGGCAUUAAUCUUGAGAGUUUUUACAUUGGUAGUACUUUGUACAUACUAGGACGUCUUAUAAAAAUUGUUGAUUUUGCCUGUGAAGAUACAAGAAAUAAGUUACAAAAGGAUAUGCAGGUGACUUUUGCAUUAAUUAAGCCAAUACCCACAAAGACAGCAGGAAAGAUUUUUAAUCACCUUCAUGACCAGGGAUUACGAGUAACAAGGAUGAAGAAAGCACGUCUCACAGCUGAGGACAUACACCAACUGUUCAGAAAAAUGCUUUCUGAUCCAACAUUCCCAUUCUUAUUAGAAUAUCUCACAGGGCAGUUAGCAUAUGGAUUAGAAUUAGUAGGAAAAGGUGCAGUCAGUAUUCUUAUUGAGACUUUAGGAGAUGGAGAUCCAAUGAAAGCUACUGCAGGGACCAUUAGGUCACUGUAUGGCUCUGAUCCAGUAAGGAACUGUAUGCAUGCUGCUGCAAGCCAAGAAGAUGCUGUAGAGGAUAUUGAAUAUUUCUUCCCGCCUCCACCUCUACGAUCUACGCGCCUUCGACUUACGGCUACAUUGUCCAACUGCACUCUUUGCAUAGUAAAGCCGCAUGCCAUUCGCGAGGGCAAACUAGGCGCCACACUAGAAGCCAUUGAUGAGGGUGGUUUUGAAGUCACAGCGAUUAAUAUGUUUAUGGUAGAAAAUAUAAAUGCUGCAGAAUUUUAUGAAGUAUACAAAGGAAUUGUUCCAGAAUAUAAGGGAAUGGUAGAAGAGUUAUCUAGUGGGCCUUGUGUAGCUAUGGAAAUUGUAGCCAAAGAUAAAACUGUCACUACAGCUGUUGAAUUUAGGAAACUAGUUGGACCUUCAGAUCCUGAAAUCGCUCGAUUAUUACGACCACAUACACUCAGAGCAAAGUUGGGUAACACUAAAGUUCAGAAUGCUAUUCAUUGUAGUGACUUAGCGGAAGAUGGACUCCUAGAAGUGGAAUAUUUCUUCAAAAUAUUAGAUUUAUAAACACCAAGGCUG